GCUUGGAACAAACGCGAAGUAGAACUUGAAAAACAGCACCAUCGUUGCCAUUCGCGUCUUUGACACCAAAAUGUCAAUAUCAUUGGUUUCAGAGUGUUGUUCUUUCAUCAGAUAUCAUGGAUGGGGCCCCUCAAGGCUAUGUUUCUAUGCGGCGCAGCUCAUAAGUUGAAUAACAAAUCUACGAGCUUCCGCAGGUGCGCAACUAUUGCGCAGUACCUGUAGCUCGAUGGUGUCGAGGCUCUCCUGCCCGACAUUGUCUGGCAUUCCAUCACACCACGUCUCGUAAAAUUUUGUUCCCAGCUAUCCCAAGCUGGUGACGAUGAAUACGGCAUCGCGAUAUCUUUAUCUCGUCCUGAGUGCUAUCAUAAGUUUUCAUUAUAUACUGUCUUUCACGCACCAGGAGUAUGGCCGCAUAACAUCACUCAACAAUAUCGCGUCGCAUUUUCGUGGCGAGAGUAAAACGCCAGCAUUCGUGGACAAGAAUCUUGUUCCACUAAAAUAUUACACACCAUCGAAUCUUCGGAAUGAAACCGCACCCGGACAACGUGCCAACGCGGCGUUCGUUAUCCUCUGUCGAAACAGCGACCUCACAAGGAUAAUCGGAAGCAUCCGCGAGAUCGAAGCCAGAUUCAAUCGACGGUAUAACUACCCUUACGUUCUUCUGAACGAAGUAGAGUUUACUGAUGAUUUCAAAAGACGAGUCUCUGUGCUUACUUCUGCGAAGAUGGAGUUUGGCUUGAUACCCCAUGACCAUUGGUUCCAGCCGGACUGGAUAGAUGAAGAUAAAGCGACACAGGCGCGUAAUAAGAUGGUGUCCCAGAGAGUCAUCUAUGGCGGUAGCAUAGCCUACCGGAAUAUGUGCCGUUUCAACUCGGGUUUCUUCUUUAAGCAUGACCUUGUAAAAAAGUACCGCUGGUACUGGCGAAUUGAACCUAACGUCCAUUUUCACUGUGAUAUAAACUUUGACCCAUUUGUGUAUAUGGAGGAGCACAAGAAGAUUUACGGCUUCACGAUCACGAUGUACGAAUUCAAAAAGACGAUACCCACGCUAUGGAAACACGUCAAAGAUUUCGUCGAUUUGCACCCCGAAUUCGUCGCAGAGAACAACGCGAUAGAUUUCCUCUCGGACGACGGCGGUACGACAUAUAAUCUCUGCCACUUCUGGAGCAAUUUUGAAAUCGCAGAUAUGAACUUUUGGCGAGGGACGGCAUACACGGCGUUUUUUGACUACCUCGAGGCCCAGGGUGGGUUCUACUACGAACGAUGGGGUGAUGCCCCAGUGCACAGUAUAGCUGCCGCUUUGUUUGCAAGCAAAGAUCAGAUUCAAUUCUUUGAUGAGAUUGGAUAUGAGCAUUUCCCGUACACGCAUUGUCCGCGGGACGAAGAAACGUGGAGGCGGGGUAUGUGCACCUGUGAAAGGGACCAGAGUUUUGAUCGUAAUGGAUAUUCCUGUAUGAGUAGAUGGAACAAGGCUAUAGGGAGGUGAUUAAGUUUCGAG